CCUUUUGGUGCUAAAGAGCAUCCGGUUUCUACCUCCUUGUGUCAGUCGCCAUUUUGUUACACACAGACGCAGUCGAUCAGAAGUAACGGAGAGAAAACACAAAGACAAUAUAAAUACAUCAUGAGUGGAUGUCGUGUGUUCAUCGGUCGUUUGAGCCCCCACGCUCGUGAGAGGGACGUGGAGAAAUUCUUCAAGGGAUAUGGACGGAUUCGCGAAGUCAAUUUGAAGAAUGGAUUCGGCUUCGUGGAGUUUGAUGACCACAGAGACGCUGACGAUGCAGUGUACGAACUGAAUGGCAAGGAACUCUGCAGCGAAAGGGUGACGAUAGAGCAUGCCCGCUCCAGAAGAGGGAGGGGUGGUCCUGGGAUGGGCGGUGGUGGCGGAGGGCGCUUCUCCCCUCGUUUCAGUGGCUACCGCCAGGGGUCUGGUGGUCGCAGUGGUGGCGGCGGUUCCAGUAGAUAUGGACCUCCGGUGCGCACAGAGCACAGAAUCAUUGUGGAGAACUUGUCGUCACGCAUCAGCUGGCAGGACCUGAAAGACCUGAUGAGGAAAGUUGGCGAGGUCACCUUUGUGGAUGCCCACAGAACCAACAAGAAUGAAGGAGUGGUGGAGUUCGCGUCACACAGUGACAUGAAGAACGCCAUUGAUAAGCUUGACGGAACCGACUUAAAUGGGCGCAAGUUGAAGCUGUCUGAGGAUCGCAAGAGCCGCCGCAGCAGGAGUCGUUCCCGCGGCUCCCGCAGCUAUUCCCGCUCCCGUAGCCGCUCCCGCUCCAAGUCUCCCAGCCGUAGCAGGAGCCGUAACCGCUCCAGGAGCCCCCGUUCCCGCUCUGCCAGCCGCACGCCGGAGAAGAAGCCGUCUUCCGGAGCAGGGGGCCGGGCCACGCACCGCUCCACCUCACGCUCCCCGUCCCGAUCCAGAUCCCGUACCCCUCCCCCGCGCUCCCGUUCCCCCGCCCCCCGUUCUCGCACUCCUCCCUCCCGUUCCCCUGUCGCAGCCCGGAAGCCGUCCCGGUCUCGGUCUCGCUCUGCUUCGGUCGAGAGCCAGCACUGAGCGGCGCUAUCCUGGUGCGGUUUCGUGGUGGUAGUGCAGCGGCGGCUGGUGGAGGGGAGGACGGGCUCAUUGGUAUCCAUGGCGAGGGACAGUGUUUGACAGCUCCGUAUUCUGUUCCAUCUUUUCCCGAAGAGCCUGUCCUCUCAUUUUUAGAGUAACUGCCAGCCUCCGUUGCUGUAGUAGCGUGGACUGAAGCGUUGUCCAUGUCUUGCUCAGACCGUGGCGGCUGGCCUGAGCAGUUUGGCGGCCUCUCAGCUAGCGUGGGACUGAUGGAUGGAUGAAUGAAGAGGAGGCUUGCCUUGGGGAUGCUGUGUUCUCCUACAAUCUCUCAUUUUUAAAACCUUUGGUCAUGAUUGUGCCAGUAUUUUGGCCACCCUAUAAUGUGUGUAAGUAAACAAAUAUUUUAGGGAAUUUAUUUUUAUUUUGGGACGUCUUUUUGUUUUACACAUUAUAGGGUGGAUCUUGCUUCCCCAGUUCAACUUCUAAUUUUGUCUUUGCUCUCUAAAUAAUUAAACAUUUCCUUUUUGAGAAACAAACUUUUAAUCAGAUGUACAGUGUGAUUUCAGUGUGCCCUGUUAAUGAUCUGUACCGUUUUCUCUGCAGGUUGCUCUGUCUUGCGAUUCAUUACAUUUGUUUGAACUGUAGAAUUGAGGUUUUCCAUGCUUCCUGCUCCAGGUCUAGUACAAUGCCUGUCAGUGAUUCCACUUCACGCUUCAAACCCCCCCAAAAAGCUGAAACAUUAAUGAAGAUAACAUUGCUUUUUUUCUUUUCCCUACAUGCAUUUCACAAAUCUUUAAAUGGGUAUUCCAUUGCAGCUCUCCUGUAUGGUGAAAGUGUAAUCUGAUUGCUUUCUCAGUUUGUUUUGGUGUACUUGGUGGGGGCGGGGCAAUCAUAGCCAUGUACGUGUUCUGAUUUGUCUUAGUUUCUGUUCAAAGUGACUCAGCAGAAAUGUACUUCGAUUGUUGACCCAGGUUAUUUUUAGUGUCCUUGGCUUAUUUUUAUUUCUCCUGCGUUUAUUUGCUUUGGGUUGUUAUCGGGGGAAGUUGUAACCAAACGAACAGGGUCCUGAAUGAACUUCUUCAGUAGUAACCGGUUUUCGGAGAAAACUGUUUUCCCUGUUGUGGAAUAGAUACAACCCAACUUUCUUAGGUCUUAAUGCGUUCUGAGGGGAUCCGACGCGUUUGACAAACAGCGUUUGCUGGUUGUCACAGUCAAGGAAAUGUGAAUUGUUGACUCAACUGAUUUGCUACAAAAUAAAAUAAUUCUUGCAAGUGUCUUUAA